GCAGGUGGCGAGAACAAAGGCUAAAGCGCGGGCGCGCCGGGCGCGUGCGUCGGGGCGGGGCCUCGGGCCGCGUCUGGGGCGGGGCCUGGACUGUCCGGCCCUAGUCCCACGGGUCCGAACAGCUGGUGGAGGGACCAUGGCCCGGCCCCGUGUGCGGCUGGUGGUCACGGCAGAUGACUUUGGUUACUGCCCGCGGCGCGACGAGGGCAUUGUAGAAGCCUUCCUGGCGGGAGCUGUGACCAGCGUGUCCCUGCUGGUCAACGGCGCGGCCGCCGAGAGCGCGGCUGAGCUGGCCCGCAGGCACCGAAUCCCCACGGGCCUGCACGCCAACCUAUCCGAGGGCCGCCCCGUGGGCCCGGCCCGCCACGGCGCCUCGUCGCUGCUCGGCCCCGAAGGCUUCUUCCUCGGCAAGAUGGGAUUCCGGGAGGCGGUGGCCGCCGGAGAGGUGGUCUUGCCCCAGGUUCGAGGAGAGCUGGAGGCCCAGCUGAGCCGUUUCCGGGAAUUACUGGGCAGGGACCCUACUCACGUGGACGGGCACCAGCACGUGCACGUGCUCCCAGGAGUGUGCCAGGUGUUCGCCGAGGCGCUGCAGGCCUGCGGGGUGCGCUUCACUAGGCUGCCGAUGGAGCGCGGGGUGGGCGGCUGCGCUUGGCUCGAGGCCCCAGCGCGCGCCUUCGCCUGCGCAGUGGAGCAAGACGCCCGCGCCGCCAUGGGCCCCUUUGCCCGCCACGGCCUGCGGUGGACCGAUGUCUUCGUGGGCCUGAGCACCUGCGGCCGGCACAUGUCCGCUCACCACGUGUCAGGGGCACUGGCUAGGGCCCUGGAGGGUAUACCCACUGGACGCGCAGUGACAGCCGAGCUGAUGGCACACCCCGGCUAUCCGAGUGUGCCUCCGGCUGGGGGCAGCAGUGAGGGUCCUGAUGCCUUUUCCUGCUCCUGGGAGCGCCUACACGAGCUGCGUGUGCUCACAGCACCGGUGCUGUGGGCUCAGCUUGCCCAGGACGGCGUGCAGCUCUGCACCCUCCAUGAGCUAGACUCCAAGAGGCCCGGAGAGGGGACCCCCAGCGAAGCCACUCUGGAAACCUUUCUGGAGCCCUCCCCACUGUGACCCUCCCCGGCAGACAGCCAAGCAUUAACGUCCCUUGGUGCCCAGGAAGGGAACUGGGUCCCAGAGCAGGCUGUGACUUCCCGGGCUGGAUGCUGCCACCUCUGUGCCCAGGUCCUCAUGGUUCAGAGUGGCGGCAGAGCUUCUGCAAGCCCUCUGGCUACAGGAGGCAGCCGUGACCUCUGGGCCUGGGGCCUGCCAAGCAUGGGGGGGGGGGCGGUCACAGUGCUGUGUAAGCAUCUUCCUUGUUUGGGUGCACAGGGCAGAGAUGGCUGUAUUAAUAAAGUAACAUGUCCUGUAAA